AUGCCCUGGGUGAUGCCUAGAGACCUGCUGGCCCGGGGACGAGGGCCCAGCCGCGGGUAUGACCCAGAGAUGCUGGUACGCUGCCCGAGGCGCGGGCACUCAGCAGGCAGCAUCGUGACCCGAGCCACCUGCAAGAUCGCCAGCCACAAGAAAUGCGAAGCGAAGGUGGCGUCAUCCUGCCAGCCCCUUCCCCCGCCUGAACUGAGGCGGAACACUGCUCCGGCCCGGCGCAUCGAGCACUUGGGCUCCACCAAAUCCCUCCACACCUCGAAGCAACGGAGCACGCUGCCCAGGAGCUUCAGCCUGGACCACGUGAUGGAGCGCAAGUACGACUUCGACCUGACCUACAUCACCGAGCGCAUCAUCUCCGUCUUCUUCCCCUCCGCCCUGGAGGAGCAGCGUUAUCGCGGCAACCUGCGGGAGGUGGCACAGAUGCUGAAGUCCAAGCACGAGGAUAAGUACACGCUUUUCAACCUGUCCGAGAAGCGCCAUGACAUCAGCAGGCUGAACCCCAAGGUUCAGGAUUUCGGCUGGCCGGACUUGCACGCGCCCCCCCUGGACAAGAUCUGCUCCAUCUGCAAAGCCAUGGAGACCUGGCUGAACUCGGACCCCCAGCACGUCGUGGUGCUGCAUUGCAAGGUG